AUGUUUUCCCCGUGCCUGGCUGGAAGCCUGGAGCCCGUUGGGGACCUGCAGCUUCAACCACGGCGUUCUAGUCAGCAGCAGCAGCAGCAGCAACAGCAGCAGCAGCAGCAGCAGGAGCAUCGGGGGCGCCUUGUGUGUAUAGAGUGCGGUGCCCCAGUGGAGUGUAUAUACAGAGCCUUCCCUCCGGGGUCAGACAACAUUCGUUUGGUUUGCUGCAGCAGCUGCAGCAAGCUAGCAGAUCCAUACCUGCAGCACGACUCUCUGCUGCUGGCGCUAGAUUUGCUGCUGCACAAGCCUCAGGUGUAUAGGCACCUCCUCUACAACCGGAAACCCCACACACGGGGAUCGAUCCCCCCCAGCAUUAUUAAAUUCACCAUUGCAUGCAUCUUCUUUGACGCCUAUCUCGAGUGGUUUCUGCUGCACUCGCCGCAGCACACCCAGCAGCAGCAGCAGCAGCACCAGCAGCAGCAGCAUAGGCGGCAGAGGGAAGCAGAGACUAACUGCUUCCAUCGCACCGGUAGCAGCAGCAGCAGCAGCAGCAACAGAGACACGGGGGGUGAUAGGCCACUGGCUGUUGAGCGGCAGCGGGAUGGAGCUUCUGCUGCUGAGGUUGCUGCAGAGCUGCAGCAGCAGCAGCAGCAGCAGCAGAAGCGCAGCAGCUGCACUAGAAGAAGGAGCCUCUUCUGGCGGCCUUCAUUGUUAGCCCUGCUUGCAUGCGGUUUUGCUGCUGUCUUCUCCCCUCAUAGGAAGUACUGCAGCAGCAGCAGCAGCAGCAGCCAUUUCAUGAAUGGGUGUAAUCUUGCAGCAACCCACAGUACGCUGCUGCUUCACAACAUAGAAACAGCAGAUGCUGCUGCAGCAGCAGCAGGUGAGGGCGCUGCCUUCAGCUGCAUACAUGUUGAGGAUUCACCUUGCACCAGCAGCAGCAGCAGCAGCAGCAGCGGGAGUGAGAGUCUAGAGGCGGCUUGUUCACGGCCUGCACCAGCGGACCCGUUGCAGCAGCAGCAGGAGCAGCGGCAGCAGCAGCAGCAGCAACGGCAGCAGCUUAGAGAGCUGCAGGGUGUGCAGCGCUUAACUGCAUCUUCUGGAGCAGCAAUAGAGCAGCAGCUGCUGGUGCUGCUGUCUUCUGCUUCUGAGUUAACUGCAUUCUUAGGUACAGCGGUGCUGCUGACCUGGCUUUUUGUUGUGUGGCGCAGACGAACUGUUGCUGCUGCUGCUGCUGCUGCUGCUGCUGGAAAGGCCGCACCAAAGGGUGCAGCAGCAACAGCAGCAGCAGCAGCAACAGCAGCAGCAGCGGAUGAAGACAACUCCCAUGCUGCAGGAUCCCUUGUCGCUGCUGCUGCAACCCGAACAACAGCCACAGCAGCAGAUUCAGCAGCAAUAGCACCACCACCUCCAGCACCAGCAGCAACAGCAGCAACAGCAGCAACAGCAGCAGCAGCAGCAGGGGAGGAGUUUGAGCUGGGGGUGCUGCUGACAGCGUUAGGUUUAUCUCUUUAUAGUAAAUUAGCUACGCUGCUUAUUAUGGCCUGGAAUGAAGCGCUGCUGCUUCGUCACUGCGUUGCUGUCUUGAGUCUGAGCAGCAAUAUUGUUGCUUUGAAUGUGUUUCUUCAUCCUGCACAUCCUGCUGCUGGCUUCCUUAUUGCUGCUGCUGCUGCUGCUGCGAGAGCGGCAGUCCGGGCGCUGUUCUGGGUGCUGCUGCAGCAAGCGAUUCCUGCUGCUGCUGCUGCUGCAGCAGCAGCAGCAGCAGCAGGAGAAACACGCUUAGAUAGAAUCAUCCGUCUCUUUAUAUGA